UUCGUUGUUGUCAUGAGAGAAUCAAAUCAAAUCAAUGCUCACUCCACUGCACACCCGCACUAGAAAAAGUAAGGAAACCGCCGGUUCAAGAAAUGUGGCGGAGCGGCUUAAACAGCCGGUCGACGACCACGGCGCAAGCAUUAAAGGAAAAGAAAUGGGACGCGUUGGUGAUCGGCGGUGGACAUAAUGGCUUGACAGCCGCAGCUUACUUAGCUCGCGGAGGCCUAUCGGUUGCCGUGCUUGAGCGACGCCACGUUAUCGGCGGUGCAGCCGUAACUGAAGAAAUUAUUCCUGGAUUCAAAUUCUCUCGCUGUAGCUACCUCCAAAGUCUCCUUCGCCCUUCCGUGAUCAGAGAGCUAGAAUUAAAAAGGCAUGGAUUGAAGCUGUUGAAGCCGACGGCGACGACAUUUACGCCUUGUCUCGAUGGGCGUUACUUACUAUUGGGACACGAUGAUGAACGUAAUUACUUGGAGAUUUCAAAGUUUUCGAAAUAUGAUGCCGAUGCUUUUCCAAGAUAUGAAAACCAGCUUUAUAAGUUCUGUAAAUUGAUGGACUUUGUUUUGGAUUCACAAGCUCCUGAGACCUUACACUGGGAUUCAUCAUUUACAUAUUGGAUGCGUGAUAAGUUAGAGAAAUCGGUGUUUUGGGCUCGCUGCCUGAGGCAUAUUAUGGUUUUGGGGCAAAAGGAUAUGGUGAACUUUAUGGACCUGUUAUUGUCCCCUACAUCGAAAGUUCUCAAUAAGUGGUUUGAGAGUGAUAUCCUGAAGGCAGUACUUGCUGGUGAUGCUAUUGUGGGAAGUAUGGCAAGCAUUCAUACACCCGGGAGUGGAUAUGUUUUACUGCAUCAUGUUAUGGGCGAAACUGAUGGUGACCGUAAUGUUUGGUCGCAUGUUGAAGGUGGGAUGGGCUCCGUAUCAACUGCCAUAAGUAAUGCUGCUAUUGAAGCCGGGGCUUCGAUUAUGACAAAUGCAGAAGUGUCACAGUUAAUGAUAGGAAAUUCCGGUACCAUAGAAGGGGUCUUGCUAGCUGAUGGGACGAGAGUUUGUUCUUCGAUUGUUUUAUCGAAUGCAACCCCUCAUAGGACCUUCCUGGGUUUGGUUCCUCGAGAUGCUCUUCCUGAAGAUUUUCUUCGUGCUAUUGAAAAGUCAGACUACAACUCCGGAACCACGAAAAUCAAUGUAGCUGUUGAUAAAUUGCCCUGGUUCCAUUGUUGUGGAUCAAAUAAUACAGAAGCAGGUCCUCAGCAUACAGCUACUAUUCACAUUUGUUCCGAAAGCAUGGACAAUAUUGGAUCAGCUUGUCAAGAUGCUCGGAAUGGCUUACCUUCAAAACGUCCGGUCAUGGAGAUGACAAUUCCUUCUUCAUUGGACAAGACUAUUUCUCCACCAGGAAAGCAUGUGGUUAGCUUGUUCACACAGUACACGCCGUAUAAACCCUCCGAUGGUAGUUGGGAAAACCCGACAUACCGAGAAGCAUAUGCAAAGAGAUGCUUUAGCUUGAUUGAUGAAUAUGCCCCUGGCUUUAGCUCAUCAAUUAUUGGUUAUGACAUGCUCACUCCACCUGAUCUUGAAAGGGAAUUUGGUCUAACAGGGGGAAACAUUUUUCAUGGUGCUACGGGAUUGGAUUCACUCUUCUUUAUGAGACCUGCCAAAGGAUGGUCAGGCUAUAGGACACCAGUAAGAGGAUUGUAUCUGUGUGGAAGUGGAACACAUCCCGGAGGUGGAGUGAUGGCCGCACCGGGACGGAAUGCCGCACGGAUUGCCCUUCGGGAUUUUAAGAAGCAUCAUUCUUGCGUCACAAAUCUACAAACCAAAAUUCAAAGAUCUUUCUUCUCCGAUCUUCGAUAUUGACUGUUAAAUCAACUUGGAUCUAAGAAUAAAUUUUUAAAUUUGCGAAGAUUAGGUAAGCUAUAUAGCACCCCCUCCAUUCAUUAUUCAACCAAGCUUCUGAUUCGAGGGCUCGACACGUGUCACCUGACUGAAUAUGUUAUAAUUUCAAAAAAGUUG